AAGCGCAAGAAGAAACCAACAGAAAGAUGCAGCUUAGAAGCUCAAUCUCCAAUACAAGAAAAUUCUUCCAAAAAACUAUUGACAACUUCAAAUCAUUGUUCUCCAACAAUGAUACCUAUCACAAACUACCCAAAACACCAAACAACCCCUGCAUGAAAAAUCAUUAUCAUCAUCAAAGCCAAAACAUCAUCAUAUCAUCAUCAUCACAGACACCAUCCAUACACACGCCAUUUGAACCUAAACCCAGAGACUAUGUGACCAAAGAUAGCGCUUUGACAAAGCAACGGAGAAGAGGUGACGGAGACGAUACAGUCAUUUCCGAACCCGAAGUUGAGCUUGUUCGCCUAAAGCUAGAAGAAAUGGAAAAGAUCAUGAUGAACAUUGAUAUACAAAACGAUGAGGAACAUGCCUCAGAUGUUAGAGAGUUUAUGCAUUGCUACUCUCGUCUUCGUUGUGCUGCUUACAUCGAUGUGGUUGAGCUGUUUUUCAUGGAAGUCUACUCUGAUUUUUUUAGCUCUCAGCCUCCCGAAAACACCAGAGUGACCGUUCGUCCACGGUACACUCCACAAUUGUCAGUUAGAUCCUUCAAUGGCAAGAAAAACUGACAGAAAAGUUCCGCAGGAUGAUCUGUCUCCUAUAACUGUUUCACCUUUGUUCUUUUUGUUGUCUACAUAUUACUGUUAACUUCGUGAUCGUAGUUGUGGUUGUGGAGUUGUAUAUUAGUAGUUUCUCAUCGAGUCCAUAGCAGAGAAAAUAAAGUAGUUUGAUAAGUUUUUU